AUGAAAUCUGCUCUGCUCCAUCCCAACAAUCUCCACUAUCGCCGUCGAGUCGUUCCGGUCCUCGUUUGCUCCAUUGCCGUCGUGAUCAUUGCCCUCAUCCUGGCCCCUCGCCAUUCGUCUUCCAUCUUGCCUCGUCUAACGGCCCUGACCUCUCAAUUCCACUCGCCUAUUCCUAUUAGCUUCAUAUCCGGCCUUGGCAAUCGGUCUCUCACAGGCACGUCGCCUCACACGACCACCGAAGAGAAGAAUAUUGACAACAAGCACAUAAACACUACCGCCACCAUGGCCUACGAGAAAGAACUCAAAGUCGCCCAGUUGGCCGUUGCCCGGGCGGCCAUCCUCACCAAGGCCGUCUUCCACGAAAAGGCCAAAGGCACAGUCUCCAAAGACGACAAAUCGCCCGUGACCAUUGGAGAUUUUGGUGCUCAGGCCCUCAUCAUCGCCGCCGUCAAGCACAACUUCCCCUCAGAUGAGGUCGUAGGCGAGGAAGAAGCCUCUUCGUUGCGCGAGCAAAAGGAACUCUCCUCCAAAAUCUGGAGUCUGGUCAAGGAUGCCAAGCUGAGCAACCCCGAGAGCGAUGCCCUGCUCGGCGGCCCCCUCACGACUGAAGACGAAAUGCUCAGCGCCAUCGACCAAGGCAACAGCGCUGGCGGCAACAAAGGCCGCAUCUGGGCAUUGGACCCCAUCGACGGCACCAAGGGCUUCCUUCGCGGCGGGCAAUAUGCCGUAUGUCUCGCUCUCAUCGUCGACGGCGACGUGAAAGUAGGCGUGCUAGGCUGCCCAAACCUACCUGUCGACGAUACCGCGCCCCUGACCGAGGACAUCGGUUCCGCUGCCACGGACACCGAGGGCAAAGGCGUGCUCUUUUCCGCGGUACAAGGCGAGGGCGCAACCUCGCAGCCUUUGACCCGCGGCGCCGUGACGAGCGGUCAACCCAUCAGCGUCAGCAAGAUCUCCAAGGUCAGCGAGGCCGUGAUGUGCGAGAGCGUCGAGCCCGGUCACAGCUCCAAGGGUGACAACGCCCUCAUCGCCGAGAAACUCGGCAUCACAGGCAAACCGGUCCAGAUGGAUAGCCAGGCAAAAUACGGCUCCGUGGCCCGCGGUGCAGGAGACUUGUACCUCCGCCUGCCCGUGCGCAAGGACUACAUCGAGAAGAUCUGGGACCAUGCCGCGGGAGACCUCAUUGUGCGAGAGGCCGGCGGCCAAGUUACAGACGUCAAUGGCAAGAGGCUCAACUUCUCCCUGGGACGUACGCUCGUCGAGAACAAAGGUGUCGUUGCUACGCCUGCCAAUGUUCAUGCCGAGGUCCUCAAGGCUGUCCAGGAAGUUUUGAGCGCCAAAUAG